GCUAGCUCGGUAGGUGUGGCUCUCAGCGGGCGCCGGCUGCCGCGCCCCAGUCCUGAGCAGCCCAGGUGUGGGUCGGCGCCGCGUGCUCGGACGCCGGGAGAUCCCGGAGCAGGAAGGACCCCCGAGAUGGAGGCGGUGGUCUUUGCGGAUGUGGCUGUGAACUUCACCCCGGAGGAGUGGGCUUUGCUGGACGGUGGUCAGAGGAGGCUGUACAGAGAUGUGAUGCUGGAGACCUGCAGGAACCUGGCCUCCCUGGUUUGUCCCAGUCAGGAUAGAAGGAGCGCAUCAAGGCCUCAGUGGAGUGUUUUGCAGAAUGAGCUACCCAGUGGAGAGAAAACAGGCCUAUUUGCAAGAAAUGAUUCGUGUUCUGUUUUUGGAGAAAACUGGAAAUUUCAUAGCAGCGGAGAUCAGACCCAGACCCAGGAAGGGCAUUUGAGAAGUCAUUGGGCGGAGCCUGUCUGUGAGAGCAAUGAAGGUAAUCAGUGCGGAGAAACCGUAAACCAGACGGCAGGCCUUACUGUGCUUGAGGAUUGUCCUGCUGGAGACAAAUCCUGUGAAUGUGCUAAGUGUAGGGAAGCCUUCAGAGAUGGUUCUUUCCCUGAGAAUCCAGGAACAUCUCAGCCUGGACACAAACCUAGUCCCUGUGCGGAAUGUGGGCCGGCCUGCAGCUGUGUCUUGAGCCACAGCCCUCAUGUUGACAUAGACCUUGUAGGGAAACCCUACGAACACCAGGACACUGGGACAGCGUCAAAGACAGACUUGAAGAGUUUCAGUAGUAAAAAAUCUUUAGAGUGCAAGAAAUGUGGGAAAGCUUUCAGUCGCACCUCAUCCUUUCAGGGUCAUGUGCGGGGUCACUGUGGACAGAGUGUCCAUGAGUGUGAUGUGUGUGGGAAAGCCUUUAUGUAUAAUUCCAAUCUUACACGUCAUGUGAGAACUCACAGUGGGGAGAGACCAUAUAAAUGUGGGGAGUGUGGGAAAGUCUUCGGGUCUACUUCAAGCCUGCAAAGACAUGUGAGGACACACAAUGGGGAGAGACCCUAUAAAUGUCAGCACUGUGGGAAAGGGUUCCGUGGUCACUACUCCCUCGAAGUACACAUGAGAAGACACACAGAGGACAGACCCUUGGAAUGUAAGGAAUGUGGGCAGAGUUUCAGGAAACAUCUACCCUUUGAACGUCACAUGACCACACACAAUAUAGUGAAACCUUAUGAAUGUAAGGAGUGUGGCAGGGCCUUCAGGUAUCACACAGCCCUUGGAGUACAUAUGAGGACACACACUGGAGACAGACCCUAUGAAUGUAAGGAGUGUGGGAAAACUUUCCGGAAAUGCGAACAUUUUAAACGUCACAUGACCACUCAUAGUACCGUGAAACCCUAUGAAUGUAACCUAUGUGGCAAAGCCUUCCGGGAUCACACAGACCUGCGAAUACACAUGAGGACACACACCGGGGAGAGACCCUAUGAAUGUCAGCAGUGUGGGAAGACCUUCAGAUAUCUUGGAAAUCUGCGAGAACACGUGACAACACACACUGGGGAGAGACCGUAUGAAUGUCAGCACUGUGGGAAGACUUUCAGGUAUAACUCAUGCCUGCGAGAACACGUGAGGACCCACACUGGGGAGAGACCCUAUAAAUGUCAGCACUGUGGGAAAGCCUUCAUUCGUCACCACACCCUUGCAAUACAUACUGUGAGAAGACACACACAGGGUGGACACUUGGAAUGUAAGGAGUGUGGUGAAACUUUCAGAAAGCAUCGACCUUUUGAACGUCACAUGGCCACACAUAAUGUCCUGAAGCCCUAUGAAUGUAAGGAGUGUGGCAGAGCCUUCAGGUAUCAGAGAGACCUACAAGAACAUAUGAGGACGCACACUGGGGAAAGACCCUUUAAAUGUCAGCAGUGUGGGAAGUCCUUUAAGUCUCCUGCAAACCUGCGGGCACAUGUGAGGACACACAGUGGAGAACGACGGUGUAAAUGUCAGCACUGUGGGAAAGCCUUCACCUCUCCUGGAAACCUACGAGCUCAUAUGAGGACGCACGGUGGAGAAGGACCCUGUAAGUGUCAGCAGUGUGGGAAAGCCUUCACCUGUACUGCAUCCUUGCGAGUACAUAUGAAGACACACACUAGAAGGAAACCCUAUGAAUGUCAGCACUGUGGCAAAGCCUUCAGCAGUCCAUCACACCUGGAAGAACACAUGCGGACACACACUGGCGAGAGACCUUUUAAGUGUAUGGAGUGUGGCAAAGCUUUCAGUCGGUCUCAGUGUUUUCAAGAUCAUUUGAAAACGCACAUCACAAGUAAACCCUAUGAAUGUAAGGAGUGUGGGAGAGCAUACAAGUUUUCCUCAUCCCUUAGAGUGCAUAUGAAGAAACACACUGGGGAGAGACCUUCACUAGUUGCUGCUCCCUUCAAGAACACGUGAGAAAUCUCAGUGGACAGUAUCCCUUGAACCUAAGGCUCUGGUAAGACCUUCCAGUGUCCCAUAUGCCUACAGGUACGUGUGAUGACACGGGGCAGAACCGUGUGAAUCUCCACACUGUGGGAAGGCGUUCAGUUGUCCCUCUUCCUUUGAGGACACAUGUGAAAGCACCGUGAUGUGAAACCCUGUGAACUUAAGAAUCAUGGAAAUGCCUUCAGGUAUCUCAUCCGUCUGGGAGCACAGACACAAUGUGGGAAAGCACUUAUACUCCCUAAAAUCAUUUUUAAAAUACAAGCCAGUACCUGGAGACAAACCUGAAUGGACACAAUUUUGGUAAAUAUUCCAGUAUCAGGUUUAUGUAUUUUGUUCAUGAAAAUGUCACGGAGCAGAAACCGUUUCAUUGUUAUAAACUUGGUUUUGUUUUUGCAA